GUGCUUCUACAGCUGCAUUGCUUGUUGUUUGGUGUUUUAAGCUGGGUUUCUGUACAGCACUUUGUGACAUCGGCUGAUGUAAAAAGGGCUUUAUAAAUACAUUUGAUUGAUUGAGAGAUUGACUAACUAAACAUCCAUUGUUGAAUGUGCCAAACUCACACAAGUUACCUCACAGGAAAAAAUACAUACUGAAAUAAGCCAAUUAUGUUUGAGUGAUGUGGACCCAAGCACUUCGUCUACUAAAGGCUUUUUGUCAAUGAAGCCUAAUGAUAUCCAUGUUUUAUAUUACCCACCCACACUCUGUGUGAUGUGUGGGGGUGUUAAUGGGUUGUCAAUGCUCAGUAGAAAUAGAUAUUUCGUAAGUAAUUCUGUGGCUACCAGAGUUUUAGAUGUGGACUCUUACGUAAAUUACAUUUGACUUUGUAGUCAUUUAUCUUACGUAAAUUACAUUUGACUUUGUAGUCAUUUACUGUAGCAGAUGCUCUUAUUUAAGAUACUCUUUGAAAAGCAAGGGUUUCAGAUGUUUUCAGAAGUUGGGCAGGGACUCUGCUGUUCUAGGUUUAGGUGUAGAAGGGCCAAGCGACCAGAGUUGGCAGAAAGUGGUGCUAGAGUUGCAGUUGUCCAGGCCGGGGAUGUCUGUGGCCCUUCCUCUGUGAGGUAUGGUCAUAACCUACAAAUGUUGUAGAGCAUGAACAUGCAGGACCGAGUCACUGCUUUGAUGUUUGCAGAGAACAUGUUGUCCUGGGUCAUGCAAAGGCUUUUUUAACUCUGGGAGGGGGACACUGUGGAGUUGAUCCUCUCCACUACACCUGGUAGGAGCGGGGAACACCGUGGACAGAUCCUCUCCACUACACCUGGUAGGAGCGGCCUGCCAGGUAGAACGCGAUCCAAGAGUGUGCAGAACCUGAGACACCCAGCCCUGAGAGGGUGGAGAGGAGGAUUGGAUGGUUCACAGUGUCAAAGACAGCGGAUAGAUCUAGGUGGAUGAGAACAGUUGAGAGAGAGUCAGCUUUGGCAGUGAGGAGAGUCUCAUUGACACAGAGAAGAGCAGUCUGGGUUGAGUGACCCGUCUUGAAGCCUGGUUAGGGUAGCGAGAGAGAUGAUCAAAGACAGAAUGCUCAAGUGUUUUGAAAAGAAAGAAGGAAUACCGGUCUGUAGUUUGAGUCAGAGUGUUGUUGUUUUUUAAAGGUGGAAUGACUGCCAGUUGUCGGGGAUAAGGAAAGUGAGGAAAGUGAGGAAUGGGAGAAAGUCUCCAGGGAAGGGAAGAGGUGAUGGGGUCAAGUGGGCAGGUUCUCGGGUGGACGAACCUCGCUAGUAGCAAAAUUUCUUCUGGAGAGAGAGGGGAGAAAGAGGUCAAGGCGCAGGGUAGUUCUGUGUGAGAGUGAACAGUGGAUUCAAUAGGCUGAGUGAAUGAGGAGCAGAUGUCGUUAAACUUCUUUUCAAAGAGGUUGACAAAGUCGUCCGCAGAGAGGGAGGAGGGAAAGGGAGGGGCAUAGGAUGAAGGAGAGAGGAGAAGGUGGAAAAGAGUUUUCUCGGGUUAGAGACAGAAGGUUAUAAUUUAGAGUAAUACAAAGCGCAUACAGAGCAACAGAAGGUAGAGAGGAGGGAGUGGAAGGUUGAUAGGUCCUCUGGAAAUGUAGUUUCCCUCCAUUUUCACUCAGCUGCCCGCAACCCUGUUCUGGAAGCAGUGAGCCACUCAGACAAUGUUUCAGGAGGGGAGGGCCAAGACGGGUAGGAGGAAAGGGGACAGUGCGAGUCAUAGGAUGCGGGAAGUGAUGAGAGUAGGGUUGAAGAGGCAGAAUCAGGAGAGAGGAGGGAGAAGGGUUUAGCAGAAGGGAGAGAUGAUAGGAUAAAUGAGGAGAAAGUAGUGGGAGAGAGAGAGUGAAUAUUGCGACAUGGUGCAUGACCAUCUGGGUAGGGGCUGAGUGGCUAGGGUUGGAGGAAAGGCAGACAGAAAAGGAAAAUAGUGAUCAGAGACGUGGAGGGGGUUGCAGUGAGAUUAGUAGGCGAACAGCAUCUUGUAAAGAUGAGGUCAAGCAUAUUGCCAGCCUUGUAUGUGGGAGGGGACUGGCAAAGGGUGAGGUCAAAAGAGGCAAGAAGGGGAAACAGAGUUGGAAAGAAAUUACUUGAAGGCAGAUGUCAAGAGGUUGGUCUCCAGGGAACGAGUGGCAGUGACAGCAUGGAAUUCAAAUGAGGAGAUGGACAGGACGUAGUACGAGCCGGUGGUCAACUCCAGGGAAAGAGCCUCCGGUUGGGCUUUGCUGACCUUGCUCCAUCCACUAUCUCUGGUCCUCCACCUAGUUCUUUGGAUCUCCUGACAACACCACUCUCUCGACUCUUCCCGUUGACACGGCACUAUACCCAGGGGUGCUAACCCUGUCCAUCUCCAUCUCUGGUUUCCUGGACCCACCACUCCCUCAUCUCUCCCCCAGCAACCCUUCCCCUCCCUGGUCCGAGAUAUAGAUGUCUGUGCCCUCGGCCUUGGAGUUCCACUGGCAGAGCCUGGCUCGGCUGCCAAGCGGGCGUGUCUACCACUCCCUGGCGGAGGUGGGGGGGCAGAUGUACAUGCUGGGGGGCUGUGAUGCUGCAGGGAGGCCCUCCCCAGCCCUGGAACUCUACUCUCCAGAGGGGGACCAGUGGUUAAGCUUGCCCCCCAUGCCCACCCCUCGGGCGGGUGCGGCAGUGGCGGUGCUGGGCAAGCAGAUCCUGGUGGUGGGUGGUGUGGGGGAGGACCAGCGCCCUCUCAAGGUUGUGGAGGUGUACAACACAGAGGAGGGGAGGUGGAGGAAGAGGAGCGCCCUCAGAGAAGCACUGAUGGGGGUGGCCGUCACUGUAAAAGAUGGGCGUGCGUUGGCAGUGGGUGGUAUGGGUUCAGACCUGCUCCCUCGUAGUAUACUACAGCAGUAUGACCUGAGGAAGAAUGUGUGGGCACUACUGCCCCCUAUGCCCACACCGCGAUAUGAUGCUACAGCACACCUACUGGGCAACAAGAUCUACGUGGCAGGUGGGCGUCAUUUUAAGCGCACGUUGAAGGUCUUUGAGGUAUUUGAUUCAGAGACACGCUCCUGGAGUACACUACCCAACAUGCCGUGUAAACGUUCGUACGGUGGCGUGUUCUGGGACAGUUCGGGGAGGCUGUGUCUGCUGGGGGGGCUAAGGAAGGGAGGGGGCCACCAGAGCUCCAAGUUCACCAAGAAUGUCAACAUCUUUGAUACUAACCAGGGGUUGUGGUUGAAGUCAGAGGACACGGUGGCCAUGAAGACUAAGAGGGCUGACUUUGCCUCAUCUUUCCUCAGGGGCAGGAUGGUCGUAGCAGGAGGACUUGGUCACCAGCCUUCAGUUCUGGACACAGUGGAAGCCUUCCACCCUCAGAAGAGGAAGUGGGAGAGACUGGCUCCCAUGGCAAUGGCGCGAUGCUCUGCCUCAUCCAUUGUCAUCAGGGACCGCUUGCUGGUGGUGGGAGGAGUCAACCAGGUCCCUAGUUCAGCCCAUGAGAUCCUGUAUGUGAAAGAGGAGUGUCUGUAGGCUUGAGGACAUGAGCCUUACAGGAUGAUUGACAGCAGGAUGACCACAAGAAGAUUCUGAAUUCUAGAACAUUCUAUUCAAGAUCAGUGGUUACAGUGCUUUCAUAAUGGCUGCUGGUCUGGGACAAGUGCAAUAUGUUUCCUAAGAUCUACAGAGGAAUAGAAACGAUGGGGAAAUAAUGCCACAAACACAGAACAGUGCCCUCUCCUGGGUUGUCUAUGCACACUCAACUCCAACACACAGUGAGAGAACUGAUAUCACACAGGCUACACACACAGAGAAUAGAUCCCAAUUAUCACCAUACUGACUCACAUCGUACAAAAUUUUCUACACCAGGGAUGGCCAACUUUGAUGGGCGUAGGCCCACUAAAAAUCUGAACUCAUCAUGAGGGGCUGUAGUUACUCGCGGGUCUGCGUACCCACGUGGGCACAACCACAUUUCGAAAUUGCGCCUUGUUUAUUCUAAAAAUCAAAGGUAGCCAGUUGCACAUCCCUGUUCUACACACACGAGGAGCUGGCUUUCUCUGUAAAUAAGUUAUUCAGAAGAGUUUUAGUCAUGUAAAGAUUCCUCUUCACUGUGUGUGAUCUCCCUAUAGAGAUUCUCAAGGUAUUCAAUAUUUUUUUUACUUUUGCAUCUAUAGUUGUAGAUUUACUGCUUGCCUUGCCUUAAACGUUUUUAACUGGACAUAUAGAUGUGAUCUUAACAGGGAGUAAAGACAAGAGCAAGGUAAUACAUUUUGUAUUGUUACUGAGAUAAAUACUGUUUAUUUGUUGUGUAUGAAAUGUGUGCAGUUUGUAAACAGUUUGAUAUUCCCUACUGUAGAUGCAAGUGACAUGUUAGUGUACACCCAUCUCUAAGACCUAAGUUAGCCAACUCCGGACAUACUGUACAGUACAGUAUGCAGUCGCUUGGACUAGCAUGAAGACAUGCACUUAACUGGAGUGUGCUUAUAGCAUGCAUGCAGACAUAGCAUGCAUAUAUCUGGAGCAAGUCAAAAUAAUGUAUAUGAAUUAACUGCACUACUGAAACAGAGUGUGCAAUCAUCAGGAGUUGACUAUAUCCACUGAUGGAGGCCGCUGAGGGAGGACUGGAAUGGCUGGAAUGGACAGAAUGUAUUGGUAUCAAACACAACCAUGAUACCAUUCCAUUUACUCCAUUCCAGCCAUUAUUAUGAUCCAUCCUCCCAUCAGCAGCCUCCACUGAAACCUACAUAUUUGAAUGGGUUGCCUAUGGAUUGCUAUGGCAAUAGGAAUUAUAUAGGUGUGAGAAGGUUAAUCAUGUCAUGUCUGGUUUAAAGUAUAUAUCAAAUGGUGUAUGUUCUUUAAUCCUAUUUAAGAUCUGUUGCUCUUUUUAAAAUCCCCAUUUAAAAAAUAUAUGUUAUACUCGUGAUUACAUGCAAUACUGGUUUUCGGUUCAUCUGUUUUGGUUUGUAAUUAGUGCACUGUGUAUUGACAAUUGAUUUCUGUCAAAUGUACGUAUUAAUGAAUAGCUUCAUUCUCAGGAUGUUAUUAAAAAGCACAAACUACUGGAUGAAUACUUCUACAGUAAGUAUGGCUUUAAUGAGGUAUUCUUCUAACUUGAUUAGAAAAUAAAAGCUUAACAAAAAUAAAAAUAAAGCUUAA